AUGACGGCAGCUCCAGCCUUAUCUUUUCAAGCCAUGGAGGUCCCCGCCCUUGAGGACUCGAUGGAAAUGGCUUCGCCCUACCAGGGUCAGGCUGAUGACUUCGAUAUUGAUAUCGACCUGAUGGAAGAUCAUGCCUCCAACAUGGACAGUGACAUGGUGGGCGCUGAGGAUUUUCCAAACACAUCCCAGCCUUCUCUUUUCACCGAUGCAAACAACGAUGCCGAUAUGGCCGAUGAAGAACCUUCUGAAGGAUCGAUGGUCGACGCCGACAACUUCGUCGACGAAGAUCACGACAUCGAAGUCCAGGACGACGCGGUCACCUACGAAGCAGAUAUGCUUGAGGGUGAUCAAGAUGAAGAGAUUGUCGAAGCUGUCCCGACUAUUCAGAUCGAAGAUACGGCCAAUAGUAAUGAUAUGACCCUCCAGACCGACCAAAAUACCCCAGAGCAAGCCGAAGGGACUAUUGGAUUGACCUCACAAGCUCAAGAGCUAUCACCCCCACCGGCCGCCGCUGCAGAUGAGACGGAAAUCACCCAGCAUGAACAAGAACCUCAACUUGAGAUCGCACUCGACCAGCCGGAGCAGCACAACCAAGGGACCUCUCUAGACACAAAGCCAGCCGAACAGGACCAGACCGACAACCUCGAUGAACCCCAAGCCGCCACUGCCAGAGUUGGCAUCGACCAGGCAAGCCUAGAUGAAGGAACUAAUUCCGCUAUAGAGGACAAGGCCGUAACUGCCGAGACGCAGCCUAGUCAUCAAGAAACAUCUACUUCUGAAAACACCGAGGCACAACGUGCCGCCGAAGUCCAAUCGUCUCCAGCUCCCGCUGCUGAGGAUAAGGCCGAGCUUUCUAAACACCAAAAUAUGGAGCAUGACGAGUCUCACGAGGAAGCCCAUGAGGAUCAGCCGCAUAGCAGCGAUGAGAAUGAGUCUUUGCACCCUGUGAAGGUGAUUUACCAGGAUAAUGAAAUCUCUCUUUUCCCGCCGCUUGAAGGCGACUCGGCAGAAACUUUUUUUCUGCACGACGAGGAUGUCGCGUAUGACAGUGUCAGCAAAUUGUUCAGCUCUCUUCGUGAGGUACUUCUAGAUAAUAUUGCGGAUGACGAAGUUCUUGUUAUUGAUAUCGAUUCGCUUGGUAUUCAACUAACAGAGGACUCGACGCACAAUUCCAAGAUGACCUUACAUCAUAUUCUGGAGAUUUACACUCGACUAAGUCAUAAUGAUGGCAUCAGCCAACCCGAUGCGCUGUACCUCACUCUUGGAAGCAAAAUUUCUGCUCAUUCUGAGCUGGCUGGUCUUGACUCUGCUGCACAUGAAGGCAAAGGCCUAUCUCAAAUUCACGCAUGGGAUGUUGACUAUGAAGAUGACGGCCACGAAGACAUGCCUGUGCAUGAAGAUGAUCCCUCUGCGGGAGACUUGUUCGCCGGCCAACCUCAGACGGAGAAGCCCCUUGAAGCGAAUGAAAUUAGCCAGGAUAAACCUACAGAUGCAGCCGAUGCCCCAGAAUAUGCGGCUCCGGCUGAGGUUCAUGACGACUUUCUUCCCAACGACCAGGAGGAGACUGACGCCGGUCUUGCAAAACAUGAGCACCAGCAGGAACGAGAAGAAGAUGCCACAGCGGAGACUCACGAUACAGAGACGAAUGAACAUCGCCAUGGAGAUGAAACAAAAGAGCAUGAUAGCUUUGAAGACCCAAAGACCGAAUCCUCCGCUACCAUCAGUUUACUGCCAGAGUCCACUGCGCAACUCGCAGAUGCCCCUGCGGAUGAGCUUGAUACUGCAUUGGACCAUGCUGAGCAAGAAUACCAAACCGAUGACGACCAGAGUGGGCAAGACUUGAAUCCUAAAACCUCUACUCUGCAAGAGAAUGAGCACGAUCAGGACCAGGACCCUGAAGAGUUUCAAGAUGAAGUUUCUUACGAGGAAACGGAGGCUCCAGGAACCGUAGUUGACACCGACGCUAUUGAUCUCACGUCUACCCACGAUGAAGGACUUCUCGACAGACCUCAUCCUGGAACCGAAAACCAAGAAUCGGUAGCCGACGAAGGUGAAGACCAUGAAUCCCUCGGAGAAUCCGAGUCAACAGUGCAUCAUGCGCUGCGGGAAGAAGACGCUGGAUUUGAAGAGCACGAUCUAGAUCCCGAGGAUGAUUUACUUGGUAUCGCUGAAGACGUGCUGCAGACUACUCAGGGUGAUGACGAUGAUCAGCCUGAGAAUUCUGAAGAUGAUGUGACUACACCCCCCGCCGAAGAACUCGAUGGCCAUGAAUCCCAUAUCGGCAAGGGCGAAGAGGACGACUUGUAUGCAGACUUUGAAACCUCGGAGACCAUUGAACUGGGUGAAACAGAUCACUCCCCUGCUGACUCCCAACCCCACGACAAUACGUCUACCAAACGAUCCCGAGAGGACGAUGAUUGGGACUUCGCGGACGCCGACCCCGAGCUUAAACGCCGUCGACCUUCGUAA